AUGAAAUAUUAUAAGCAAGGUCAAUUGCUUUGUUACAUCGGAACAUGGAUGCCUUUUGUUAUAUUAGUCACAAUAUUUCUAUUCUUCUACGGAGUGUAUAUGUAGACCUACUUGUUGCCCAGAAUAAGAUCGGAGUACAUUGAAAAACCAGUGGUAGAAAUAAACACUUACUUGAUUCAAUUAGUACACAUCAAUGACUAUGUCUUCAGUAAUUCAACUGUGGUAAUUACAGUAUUAUUGCAUACAAUACUUAGUAGUAACAACAUUGCCUGGGAAAGUACCUAAGGAAUGGCUGAACAGAGAGAACAUGAUCAAUUUUCACAAGAAAAGGAUCAUAGACAUCAACAUCCUUCUCUUCAGAAAUAGAUGAUGAACAACGAUUCAAGGUUGGAAUUGAUAGAUAAGUCUGGACAUCGGUUCUGUAAGAAUUGCUAGGCAUUCAAACCGAAACGUUGUCAUCAUUGUCGUCAAUGCAAGACAUGCUGGUUGAAAAUGGAUCAUCAUUGUCAAUGGCUUAACAAUUGCAUAGGUUACAAUAAUUAUAAAAUGUUCAUCAAUUUGCUUGGUUAUUCAUGGUUGCUUAUAAGUUUUAUAAUGCUAACUUACAGUCGUUGCUAUUAUGACACUCUAUAUUCAUAUUCAUCUGAUAGUAAACUAUUCCUGGUUUCCUUCACUUUUUUGUAUUGUUGUUUCUUAUGGAUACUUUUAACGGCCUUCACGUUUUUCCACUUAUGGGCUAUCAAAUCCAACAUCACAACCCUUGAAUAUUGCGAGAAUAAACCCAGACAACCAGUUCAGAAGAGUGCUUUAGAGAAUAUUGUUGAAGUGUUUGGCAUCAAUCCUUUAAUUUGGUUCUUACCAAUUUAACCAAAUACGAAACCAAUAUUGGAUUGAAAAAAAGAUAAAUAAAUUUACAUAAUCAUAUAAUUAUAUUUUUACAAAA